GGCUCCACCCAGAAUCAUCAUCAUCAUCUUCAUUACAACAAGACUUCCAAGUAGCAGAGUACCACAGAAAUGAGAACUGAGAGGGAGGUGUCAAGAGAGGCUGUGAUUGUGGCGGUGGACGCAAAAAGGAGCAAGGAAAAUUUGGAAACAGUGGAAUGGGCCUUCAGAUACUUGGUUCGUCCAGGAGACAUCCUCCUUGUCUUGGGGGUUUUGCAUGAUGACCAACUCGGACAACCCAAGAAGCACUCCUGCUUUCCCUCCUUCAAUUUUCUCUUAGCCACCAGCCAUUGCGAGAGAUCAGGAAUGGUUGACCACGAGGAACUGGAUUCUAUCGAGCUUAAAGAGACAUACGAGAAAAGGAGAAGAGAGUACCAGAUUAGCCUCCAAACUAUAAGCCGCCAAUGCCAAAGCAAUGAUGUGAAGUUGCAACUUAAAUUUGCGGCAGGGUAUUGUCCUGCGAGAUUGGCAAUUGAGGAAGCACAAAACCUUAAUACCCGGUGGAUCGUAUUGGACAGUCACUUUAGGAAAUCCCAACUUUUUCUACGGGGACAUGUAAGCUGCAGCAUUGCAGUAAUGAAGGGUAAAGAUUUCGCUACCUUGAUGCUGUCAGAAGCUACCCCACCUGACAUCUUUCCUGGAAAUUCUGAAGAAAGUUACAAUUCAGCUCCUACAGACAAUCCUAUGGAAGUGUCUACUAAAAGUUUAAGUCCUGAUCAAUUAACAAAGUCACAUGCACCCGCAUCUCAUCGUCAAAAUCCUUGUUGCUACCCAAUGUCUUGGAGAACUGGCUUCCCUCGAGUAUUUUCGCACAAUGAAAUUGAAGUGAUAACAAAUGGCUUUGCCGAUGACUAUAUCUCAAAAGACAUUGAGGGCUUGAAAGUUUACCUAGGAAUAUUGCAAGACACAACUGUUUUAGUCAAGUCUUAUGAAGAAGUAAAUAAAUGCUUCCGGUCGAUGCUAGUGAUCCUUUCUCGGGUAUGUCACCGCAAUAUCAUGAACCUUGUAGGGUACUGCUACACUGGGGCUGCUGCAUACUUGAUCUUUGACUUUCCAUGUUUGGGUAACAUGGAAUACAACUUGCGAAAUGAGGAAUUGGCUCAGAAGCUGGGGUGGAAAACAAGGUGGUAUAUUGCUCUAGAGAUAGGCGGAAGCUUGCGCUAUCUUCAUGAGGAAUGUGCUGAUGGUUCUAUUGUUCACAAAUCUGUUUGUUCAUGUAGUGUUUCACUUUCUCAUGAUUACUCUGCAAUGCUUUCCAGAUUCACAACUGCUGAAUGGCUUGCUGAAUGUGUUCCCCAUGAUGAAGAUUUGAUUGCCAGAUGCUCAAAUUUCGAAGAAGACGAGAGCCUUUUUGUAGAUGUACGCGGAUAUGGGAAAUUCCUCCUGGAGCUUAUUACAGGAAAAAGUGCAUGUAGCUUUCCAAACCAAGGGAAGGAUCAGUCCAUGAUUGACUGGGCAUUGCCACUUCUAGAAAAUGGUGCGCUUAGGAACCUAAUGGACUGCCGAGUGACAGAAAGUGCUGGUGACCGUAGAUUGGUACGUCAGAUGGCCCAUGCUGCAUUGCGCUGCCUAAAUGUUGAUUCAGAUCACAAACUUUCAAUAAGCGAGGCCUUGGCCAUUGUUCGAGGUGAUGAACUUGUGGUAUCCGUUCAAGCCCUGAAGAUUUUUGAAUAACUCCAGGAAAUUACUUUUUUUUUUUUUUUUGGUUAGUAGUUUAUUAUACAAAUGUAUCUAUAUAUGCU